AUGAGAUCUGACGCACUGCUGCACUGCUUUGGAUAUGCGCUCGCUGCUCUGCUGAGCAUCGUGGCUGUCGCUUCGGAGCCCAUUUCGCUUGCCGUUGGAGAGAACGGCACCUUUGUCGAUCAGCACCAGCGCGUGCGGAUCUUCCAUGGCGUCAAUGUGGUCUACAAGCUUUUCCCCUAUGUCCCCAGCACCGAUGCGUUCGAUCCAUUUGACUCCUUCAGCGAAGAGGACGCUCGCCUUCUCUGGAGCAAUGGGAUGAAUCUCAUCAGGCUGGCGGUAAUGUGGCCCGGUGUCGAGCCUCAAAGGUCGGUGCGCAAUCAAAGCUACAUUGAACAAAUCAGAAAGAUCGUUACGCUCUCGGCUGCCUACAACAUCUCGGUCAUCCUGGAGUUCCAUCAAGAUCUGCUCUCCGAAGCCUAUUGCGGCGAAGGCAUCCCUCAAUGGGCCACGUACACGGAUCGCUCCAUGCACUUUCCAUUCCCGCUCGGCUGGCAAGAUGUCAUCCCUCUUCAGCUCAACCUGGGCGACGACCAUACCCCACCGUUUGCUCUCGGGUCGGAUGGGCGGCCCUCUCGAAGUGACUGCGAUCGCUUUUACUGGUCCCAGUUCACCUACAGCGCUUUGGUGGCGGCUGGCUAUCAACAGUUCUACACCAACUGGAAUGGCACCCGAGAUGCCUUUGUAAACCACUGGAAGUUCGUCGCUUCAUCCUUCCUGCAGCACGAGAAUGUCCUUGGAUACGAGAUCAUGAACGAACCAUUCCCCGGCGACUUUUGGAAGAACUUCGAGCUGGUGCUUCCGACUCCGACAACAUCGCAGCUUCCUGACAGGGCGCUGAUAGCACCGUUCAUGGAUGUCGUGGCCCGUGCCAUCUACAGCGUUGAUCCAAGCCGGGUUGUCUUCUGGACUGGAAACGUCGUGACUGAUGUCGCACCUGUGGGAUUCGACGAGGUGCCAGGUGGCAAGACACGAGCCUCGCACAGCGCUCUCGUCUACCACUAUUACAGCACCAACCAUCCGAAUCUUGAGCCCUUUGUCGAUCAGAGAAUCCAAGACUCGAGGCGACUGGGGUGUGCCUCGAUCCUCACCGAGUUUGACCUCGGGGCGCCUGAGCGAGCGCAGGUCAUGGAUUUGAUGGACAAGCAACACCAAUCCUGGGCGGCCUGGCAAUACAAGCGAUAUGCCCCCAUCACGGGCUGGUCAUGGGGGUUCUUCAACGAGGACGGCUCUCAGAAUCUGUCGGUGCAACGAGCACUCGCCCGAAUCUAUCCAGAGGCAGUUUCUGGCAUCCUUGUCAGCUACGCAUACGAUCCGGACUCUCGGACCUUCGAAAUGUCCUUCUGGGCCAGCCCAGAGAUUGCGAUGCCCACUCGAAUCAGAGUACCGCCGAGUCAGUAUGCCGGGCGCUUCCAAGUCGCUGCCUCAGCGGCUGCAUCACCGACGCAGGAUGGCCUGCACCACGAGCUCUCUGAAUGGGGUGUGCAGAUCUGGUACAGCGGCCAAACAGUCCAGCUCGUGCAAGUGAUCGUUACCCCAGAGUAGACUGCGCGGCGCAUAUGAGAGGGCCGGCCGUCUCUCGAUGUAGUACCCUUUGAGUGAGUUGUAUUCAGGGGCGCCAUGGACAGUAUGCACGGAUGUGUGCAUCGAGCCGGGGCGAAUCUACAAGCGGCCGAUGAGAACAGUUGAGAUGAUCAAGCACCUGCGGCUCUGCUCACACAAGUGAGGCUCGAGGUAGCAGACCGUCAGUUCAAAAAGAACCCACAGUGGCUGUUCUCCAGAGCCUUCUCGAGCUGCCGCUGGAGCUUUGAUUUUGAGCCGUACUCGCUCAAGAGGAGUACGUUGAAGCAUGUGUGCGAAGUCGGUAGCAG